AUGAUCAUCGCAUUCAUCGCCUUCCUCCUCGCCAUCACCUUCUCCGUCGGCAUAUCCGUCCUCAUCUCGCAGCCCUUCAGCGGCGCAAUUACCCGCCUCCGCGCAAACUACCUCCCAAAAGCCGUCUCUCUCGACAAUGUCCUCGAGGACGGCGCAUCGGCCGCAAACCCGCGCGCCCUCUCGGCCUUCCUCCUCUCCGAACGCAGGUCAACCGCAAAGAUCGGGCCCGUCGUCCCCGGCGUCCUCUCGAUGCUCAUGCGCACAAAGCGCCUCGAGGGCUGGGCAGGCGUAUACAAGGGUUCGGCCCCCAUAGCCCUCCAGCUCAUCCUCCUCUCCACCCUCACCUUUGUCUUCUUCAGCGGCACCCAGACCUCGGCCGCUGGCGGACAGUACAAGGCCGCCCCCAGCGCUCCCGGCCAGUUUGGCUUCUUCACCAACCUCUUCUACAUGCUCUUUGCCUCGCUCGUCGCCCUACCCCUCAACGUCGUCUCCUACCGCACCAUCGUGCACCCGCGCAUCCUGCCCUGGAACCGCCCGCGCGACAACCUCCGCGAGCUCCUCUCCUACCAGGAGUACUCGCAGCCCUGGCGCCUCUACCUCCUCCCCGGCCUCCUCGCCGCCAACAUCGCCCACGUCGCCUGGAUCGGCCUCGCCACCCGCAUCGUCCGCCAGCUCACCGUCCCCUCGCUCGGCGGUCUCGACCCCGCCGUGCCCGCCGCUCCGGGACAGGAAGAGUACUCGGGCCCCAACUCGAGCAUGCUCGAGGUCAGCUCGUUUGGUCUCGCCGUCUUUGUCCUCUGGAACGUGCUCAGCGUCGUCGUCCUCGCUCCCCUCGAGGUCGUCAUGGUCCGCCUCUCGACCCAGCAGCCCGAGAGGCAGAACCCGCUCCACCGCGCAUACGCCCGCGCACCCACGUCGGCGGCGGCCGCCGGACCGGCACCCUACAACAACCAGGCUACCGUUGCCGCUCAGACGCAGCCGGGCGGCGGCUACUCGGACGACGCGCCCGCCAAGGCUUCGACCGAGGCGGACCGCAAGUCGCUCGACCGGGACGCCGCCGCUGGAGCCAGCGACCUGCCUUCGCGGCCCAGCUUUGCCAUCGAAGACGAUGAAGACGACGAAGAGUCGCCGCGCCGCAACGCCGACUCGCAGACCGCGAGCGCGGACGGCCCUGCCAGCAGCAACAACAAAUCCAGCCGCGUCCAGCUCGGCGGGCUUGCAGGAGGCGCGCAGUCGUUUGGCGGCGGCGGCAGCAACAACAGCGGCGGUGCUUUCGGCAGCAGCAACGUCAGCGGCAGCGAGCCACCGGAGCCCGUGAUUGCGCUGCGACCGAUCGAGGAGCAGUCGGUCGAGGAGGCGGCGGCCGAGUUUGGCGCGCCCGUCGUGCAGCGGUACGAGGGCCUGCUCGACUGCGUCAACAAGAUGGUCGACGAGGAGGGCCUCGAGAGCCUCAGCAGGGGCGCCUGGGUCACGAUGCUCGGCGUCUUUGCCGGCAGCUUUUCCUAG